CCGGAAGCGGAAGUGCUCGGUGGAGGUGCACAGGGCGCAUUCUAGCGGCGGCUACGGAGGCGGAGAAGGAGCUCACCAUGGAGCACGUGACGGAGGGUUCCUGGGAGUCGCUGCCAGUGCCGCUGCACCCACGGGUGCUGGGCGCGCUGCGGGAACUGGGCUUCCCAUACAUGACGCCGGUGCAGUCUGCAACCAUCCCUCUGUUCAUGCGAAACAAAGAUGUUGCUGCAGAAGCGGUCACAGGUAGUGGCAAAACGCUCGCUUUUGUCAUCCCCAUCCUGGAAAUUCUUCUGAGAAGAGAAGAGAAGUUAAAAAAGAGUCAGGUUGGAGCCAUAAUCAUCACCCCUACGAGAGAGCUGGCCAUUCAGAUAGACGAGGUCCUGUCGCAUUUCACGAAGCACUUCCCGCAGUUCAGCCAGAUUCUUUGGAUUGGAGGCAGAAAUCCUGGAGAAGAUGUUGAGAGGUUUAGGCAACAAGGUGGGAACAUCAUUGUGGCCACUCCCGGCCGCUUGGAAGACAUGUUCCGAAGGAAGGCAGAAGGCUUGGAUCUGGCCAGCUGUGUGCGAUCCCUGGAUGUCCUGGUGUUGGACGAGGCAGACAGACUUUUGGACAUGGGAUUCGAGGCAAGCAUCAACACCAUCCUAGAGUUGUUGCCAAAGCAGAGGAGAACAGGCCUUUUCUCUGCCACUCAGACGCAGGAAGUGGAGAACUUGGUGAGAGCGGGUCUCCGGAACCCUGUCCGGGUCUCGGUGAAGGAGAAGGGCGUGGCAGCCAGCAGUGCCCAGAAGACCCCCUCCCGCCUGGAAAACUACUACAUGGUAUGCAAGGCAGAUGAGAAAUUUAAUCAGCUGGUUCAUUUCCUUCGCAAUCAUAAGCAGGAGAAACACCUGGUCUUCUUCAGCACCUGUGCCUGUGUGGAGUACUAUGGGAAGGCUCUGGAGGCGCUGGUGAAGGGCGUGAAGAUUAUGUGCAUUCAUGGAAAGAUGAAAUAUAAACGCAAUAAGAUCUUCAUGGAGUUCCGUAAAUUGCAAAGUGGGAUUUUAGUGUGCACUGAUGUGAUGGCCCGGGGAAUCGAUAUUCCUGAAGUCAACUGGGUUUUGCAGUAUGACCCUCCCAGCAGUGCAAGCGCCUUCGUGCAUCGCUGCGGACGCACAGCCCGCAUCGGCCACAGGGGCAGCGCUCUGGUGUUCCUCCUGCCUAUGGAAGAGUCAUACAUCAAUUUCCUUGCAAUUAACCAAAAAUGCCCCCUGCAGGAGAUGAAGCUCCAGAAAAGCACAGUGGACCUUCUGCCAAAACUGAAGUCCAUGGCCCUGGCCGACAGAGCUGUGUUUGAAAAGGGCAUGAAAGCUUUUGUGUCGUAUGUUCAGGCUUAUGCAAAGCAUGAAUGCAACCUGAUUUUCAGAUUAAAGGAUCUUGAUUUUGCCAGCCUUGCUCGAGGUUUUGCCCUGUUGAGGAUGCCCAAGAUGCCAGAAGUGAGAGGAAAGCAAUUUCCAGAUUUUGUGCCUGUGGACAUUAAUACAGACACGAUUCCAUUUAAAGAUAAAAUUAGAGAAAAGCAGAGGCAGAAACUCCUGCAGCAACAAAGAAAAGAGAAAACAGAAAAUGAUAAGAGGAGAAAAUUCAUAAAAAAUAAAGCUUGGUCGAAGCAGAAGUCCAAAAAAGAAAAGAAGAAAAAAAUGAAUGAGAAAAGGAAAAGGGAAGAGGGUUCUGAUAUUGAAGAUGAGGACAUGGACGAACUUCUCAAUGACACAAGACUCUUGAAAAAACUUAAAAAAGGCAAAAUAACUGAAGAAGAAUUUGAGAAGAGCUUGUUGACAACUGGCAAAAGAACAAUCAAGACAGCAGAUUUAGGGAUCUCAGAUUUGGAAGACGACAGCUGAUUCUGGUUCCAGUGCCACAGAUGAACCCACAAGGGCAUAGCUAUUCCCUAACUUGGUGGAUGGCUCCAGUUUGCUUUCAGUGGAAAUCAAAACUUCAGAGACAUCUGAGAAGGAUCACAUCUCUGAAAGGUGUCCUUUCAGACUAGAGGAAAAUGAGGGAUUUCACAAUUGUGAAUAUUUUACUAAAAACAGUCCAGUCUUGGCCAAAGGUGGUGGCUCUUGCCUGUAAUCCCAGCACUUUGGCAGGCAGAUCACUUGAGCCCAGGAGUUCAAGAUCAGCCUGGGCAACACAGUGAGACCCUCUCAUUAAAAACAACAAAACAAAACA